UUCACACGACUGAUUCUCUCCCAGCUGACACGAGGAGUAUCUCAGAUUUCACACACAGAUUUUUUUUUUAAACCGGGACCAUGAUGAUCCCAAGCGUGCUCGCGCCUCCUGCCUUCUACCCGGGGCUGUACCGGCCUGCCGCUGCUCUGCCGUUCCACCACAACCUGCCGUCCGCCUUCCAGACCCACUCCAGCUUUCUCGUGGAGGACCUGCUGCGGAUAAGCCGCCCCGCCGCCUUCAUUAACCGGACUGUCCCGUCAGCGUGCGCUUCCCUGCCCACAGCCACCACCACCGUGUCCUUCAGCAACGCGCCCGCGGAGCGCGCUGUGGCUACGACCGCGGUGACGCGCGAAUCGUGCUCGCCGAAAAUGUCGGUGUCGAGCAACAAGGACCCAACUUUUCUCAAGUUUGGAGUGAGCGCCAUCCUCGCACCUUCACCAAAGACCGCGUCCUCACACCCGGCACUCCACAGCAUGCACUGCAAGACCUUCCCCAUCCCCUGCUAUGACGGAACCUUUCACCCAAUAUUCAGGACGCCUUAUUUACCAGUAUCUUCAUCCGUUGUCCCCAUUCCCGGGACCUUUUCGUGGCCCCUGGCCGCCAGAGGGAAACCCCGGAGAGGGAUGCUGAGGAGGGCGGUGUUCUCCGAUGUACAGCGCAAGGCCUUGGAGAAAAUGUUCCAGAAACAGAAAUACAUCAGCAAGCCCGACAGGAAGAAGCUGGCCUCUAAGCUGGCCCUCAAAGACUCACAGGUGAAAAUCUGGUUCCAGAACCGGCGGAUGAAGUGGAGGAACUCUAAGGAACGAGAGCUGCUGUCAUCCGGCGGCUGCCGCGAGCAGACGCUGCCCACCAAAGCCAACCCGCACCCAGACCUCAGCGACGUGGGCAAGAAGUCCUCCGCUGAGGAGGAAGAUGAGGAAGAAGAGUUCAGAAGAGAGAGAAUGAGGGCGGAGUCCAGCAUCUCCUCUCCAUCUCUUUCCAGUAAGCACUCGGACUUCUCAGAGUCAGACGAAGAAGAAAUAACAGUAUCUUAAUUUAUUUUAAAAAGCAAAUAUAGAGACUAUAACCCAUGUUUUGUUUUCAUAUGAGACUGUGACCACAUUUGUAAGAAGCUGCCGGCCAUAAAGAGGACCCCAUAAAUGCCAGUGUUAAAAAAAAGCUCCACUCAAGUUUGUUGCUUCAUCAGCGCAUGCGCACUGUACAGGAUCUGCUUCUGAGACACAAUUUGCUGUUUUGCACAGCUUUGUUCAAUUGUACAGUAUUUUGUACAAUUUUGUAUGGAAAUUUUAUGCCAAGAAUAUUGAGUUACUUUUACCUUGACCUUGAAUAGAGUUGUUUAUUGAAAAAUGUAGUAUUUCGAUAAUAAUUUAUAUGAAUUCGUUUAAUUAAGUAUUAUGUGUUGUAUAUAUGUUUAUUUCACACUUUUUGUACAAAUACCAAAUAAAAUUGUAAACAAU